AUGGCAACGAGCCUUCCCGCGGCCCACGCGGAAAUGGCGGCGCACCAGGCGGCGACGGAGCCCGGGGAGGCGCAGCCAUUGGCGGGCUUCGAGUCUCCUCGCCCUGACAACGUCGUGACGCCGCGGCGCGUCCCACGCAGCCCCGCGCUCUCAUCUUUCAGCAUAACGGCGUCCAUGGGCUCUGGAACGGAGCACCGCGGGCGCAGGGACGGCCACGCGCCGGACCCUCUGGUGCGGUUUGCAAGCAAGGCGGGGAGCACCGAGCCGGGCGACUCAGGGCGCAGACUGGCCGCCGACAGCGACCUCCUGCGGUCCGUGCGGUCGCGGGCUGGCUCGGCCGGAGAGGAAGACGAUGACGACGGCGGCCGCGCGUCGCACGGCGCUGCGCAACCAUCACACAUCAGAGGGAGCGAGGCGGAGCGCCCCGCAGGCCCAGCCGGUGCGCUCCCGGGCGGCGGGGGCGCGAAGCAUGUCCGUAUGGCGCCGGAUCCGCCUCGCAGCGUGCCCGGCGGCCACCAGGACGCCUCCGUGCUGCGGUCCCACGCUCCUGCAAGCUCCGUCGCAGAGUCGUCCCCGCCGUCCCAGCGCGGCGGCACACGCAGCGCCGCCGUGUCGCUCGCGGCCCUGUCGCGCGGGACCUCGAACCUCAACGAGUGGGAGGAGGAGAAUGACGUCGACGUCGGCGGAAGUGGCCACACCGAGCCCCCGCGCGCCACGGAGCCCCACCCCGCGCCGCCGCCGUACCCCGAAGCGCUCCUCGCCAGCGGGUCCGGCGUCGUGCUGCCGCCGACGCUCCGUCCGGGCGCGCUGUCGUCCCCCGCGAAGCCGCGUCUGAGCUCCGACAGCGCAGGGCGCAGCACGGCGCCGCCGUCGCGCGGCGGCAGCGCGGGGAUGUCGAAGCUGAAUCCCGCGGCGGCGCACAGCGCGCGCAACUCGGGGUCCGCGCGCGUCUCGUCGCAGGAGGUCGCGCUAGCCGCCGCCGUCGGGUCGCCGCUCGUCGCGCCCCCGCAGCUCGACGACGAGCACGCGGAGCGCGGCGCCGGCGACGUUCAGAUCGAUCUAGGCGGCGAGCGGCGCCCGCGCGGCAUCCAGUCCCACGAGAUCGUCCCUGUGUCCCUGCGCCGCGACGUCGUCGCCGACGACGUCGAGUCGCAGCAGUCGAGCUUCUCCGGCAAGCGGCAGUCGAACGCGUCCGUCGGCGGCAUGGCGCUGGCCGGGGGGCGGCUGCCUGGCGAGGCGCGGUCGCGGAAGGCCUCGAUUGACGCCCGCGAUCAUUCAAACACGCUGCUGCAUACGGCGCUGACGGCGCGGAGCGGGCGGAGCGGUCGCAGCAUCGCAGGCAGCGAGAACCUGCAUGCGCACGAGGCGGAGAGGAGGGCGCACGGAGAGGCGCGCUCGCGGGCGCUGCUGGGAGGCCUGUUGCCCUCGGCGCGCCCCGGGUCGCGCGCGGCGCGCAGGCUCGGCGGCGAGGAGGCGACGACGCCGUCGGCGGCUGCGCCACAGGCGGCAGAGAGGGAGAUGCGCGCCAGCAGGUCGAGGAACAGCUCCCUGGCCGGCAUUGCAGCGCGCAAAGCAGAUGGAGCGCGGCCCGCGCAGGCGACGCGCGUGUUGUCGCUCGACGACGAGCUAGACGAGUCCCUGCUCGCGGAUGUCGAGGAAAUCAAGCACCGUCAAGCCGAGGCUCGGACACCCCGAGAGGGGGGGCAGGCCGGCAGGGUCCUCAAACGCAUUCUCUCCGGCGGGAAGAACAGCGACGGGGCGCCCAGUCCGCGGGCGCGCGACUCGGACCUCGAGGCCGGCGUCACGGGGCGCGCCAGCCCCCGCAGGGACCCGGCCAAGCCAAGCGGGCUGUUCGGGCGCCUGGGCUCGAUCCGGAAGAAGAACAGCUUCCGUGCCUCCGCGCGCAGCCACGAGGCGUCGGCGAUCGACGACCCGCCGACGCCGUCCGCGAGUUCGCGCCCGACGCUGCAGCGCACGCUGUCGCGGAUGGCGGAGCACCCGGCGCCGGGCGAGGAGUACGACGCGAACGUCGACACCCUGCAGAUCACGGGGCGGCGCGCGCGUGCGGUGGAGAGGCAGAUCCAGGAGGCGAUCGCGCACGCGAGCGCGGGCCAUGCGGACCCCGGUCACUCGGGAACGUCCAAGGCCAGUAGCUCGCGGGGCAACAGCGUGAGGGACGCGCCGCCGCCGCCGCCGACGGGCGUGACGGCGGCCGGCGUGGACAUCGCGGCGCUGCGGCUCCUGGAGCAGCCGUCGAGCGUGGUGCUGUCGUACAGCGCCAUGUCGCUGCGGCACGGGCAAGAGGAGCACCUGAAGCAAAUGGCGCAGCAGGCGAGGGCGGAGAUCAAGGACCAGAAGGCCGAGCUCAAGGUCGUGAAAGCCCAGGUCGCGGAGAUCGAACGGCAGGCCCGGGAAGCCGGGGAGGCGUCGGACCAGAAGGCUAUGGCGCGGUGUGCCAAGAUGCUGCGGUCCGUGCUGCCGACGCAGCAGAAGCUGCUCAAGCGCAUCCAGGACGCGAAGGACCGCCGGUCGGCGUGCGAGCUCGCGGCGCAGAUCCUCGAGGCCACGCGCGAGGUCCGCGUCAAGGUCCUGGAGGGGGACUUCAAAAACAUCCCCGCGGGGAUGCGCAAGGUGGUGGCGGGGAUCGAGGCGGCGGGGCUCGGGCCGACGGUCACGGAGCUGAUCGGGAACGUCAGCACGCAGGGCAUGGGCGCGUCGUCGUGGCAGACGGCGUCGCGGCUGGCCGAACAGAUGGACGCGCUUGAGUCGAUGUACUGCGCGACUGCGCCGGACGGCUCGCUGCUGCCGGGCAAGGGGGACGAGCACUGA